AUGGCUGACAAAGGCAAAAAGGGCAAACCCGGGGCCACCGCAGCCGCAGCUGCAGCCGCAGCCGCAGCCGCGCCGGGGGCGGCCCCUCCUCCGGGCGAUGAAGUGGGAAGGUGGAAGGGGUGGUGUCGCCGUUACGAGUUGGAAGUCAAGAACAGCAAUAGAGAGUUCUGGCUUAAUGGGUACGCUGAGGUCAAGCUCAUUAUCUUGGGCUGCCUAAUAGGUUCACUGAUGAUGUUCAAGGGGACCACUGUGCACCCCCACGUGACACUCAUCAUCACCAUGGAGUUGUCCAUCUUAAUCUUCUUCAUCAUUAUCUACACCUUCGCCAUCCAGAGAUACACGUUCUUCAUCCUGUGGCCCAUUUCUGACCUUCUCAACGACCUGUCCUCCAGUGCUUUCCUCGUGGGGGCCGCCCUCUCUGCCGUGAAAACUCGGCAAACCAUGCCAAUGCACUACAUUUAUGGUGUGAUCCUUAUCGGUGUGGCUGCACUUGUUGCUUUAAUAGAUGUUUGUCUUCAAAUGACACACUUCAAAGGCAAGAAGGUCAAAGCGUGUGUGCGGAUUCUUCCACGAAAGGAUAAAAAGGGCAAAAAGCCAAAGGAAGGAGAAAAACCAGAGGAAGCAGGCAAGGGGAGGGCAGCGGUACCGCCACCUGCCAAGGGCGGCAAAGGUGGCCGUAAGAAGUGA